GGUGGGAGAUGCUUCCGGGUGAGCUGCCCCGCCCCCACGUGGGCCCCGGGAGACUAAAACCAGCUACGGCGGUGGCGGGAGCUGCAGCUCUGAGCCCUUGAGGAGCCAGGUUCCAGUAGCCAGGAGAGUGUCCGAAGGACCGACUUCUUUUUCUCUACUUACCUCGUCGUAGACCGGCAGGCCUUGGUGAACCACAUCGGAGGUGCACUGGCCAGAAAGCAGCGGAGAGCUGUACACAGAGCUGAGGGCACAGCAGACACCUCGGGAGCCCUCGGUUUCAACCAGCUGGCUGCCUACUGCUCUGCCCACCAUGCAGCCCCAGUCGGUUCUGCACAGCGGCUACUUCCACCCGCUGCUUCGCGCCUGGCAGACGGCCACCGCCACCCUCAGCGCCUCCAACCUCAUCUACCCCAUCUUUGUCACGGAUGUUCCUGAUGACGUACAGCCCAUCGACAGCCUCCCGGGAGUGGCCAGAUAUGGUGUGAACCGGCUGGAAGAGAUGCUGAAGCCCCUGGUGGAAGAGGGCCUGCGCUGUGUCCUGGUCUUUGGAGUCCCCAGCAGAGUCCCUAAGGACGAACGGGGCUCUGCAGCCGACUCUGAGGACUCCCCAGCCGUCGAGGCGAUCCGUUUGUUGCGCAAGACGUUCCCCAGCCUCCUGGUGGCCUGUGAUGUCUGCUUGUGUCCCUACACCUCUCACGGUCACUGUGGGCUCCUGGGCAAGAACGGCACAUUCCAGGCCGAGGAGAGCCGCCAGCGGCUGGCAGAAGUGGCACUCGCCUAUGCCAAGGCAGGAUGUCAGGUGGUAGCCCCGUCGGACAUGAUGGACGGACGUGUGGAAGCCAUCAAGGAGGCCCUGAUGGCACAUGGACUUGGCAACAGGGUAUCAGUGAUGAGCUAUAGCGCCAAAUUUGCAUCCUGUUUCUAUGGACCUUUCCGGGACGCGGCCCAGUCAAGCCCAGCUUUUGGAGAUCGCCGCUGCUACCAGCUGCCGCCAGGAGCACGGGGCCUGGCCCUCCGAGCAGUGGCGCGGGAUGUGCGGGAAGGAGCCGACAUGCUCAUGGUCAAGCCAGGAAUGCCCUACCUGGACAUCGUGCGAGAGGUGAAGGACAAGCACCCUGAGCUCCCACUUGCUGUGUACCACGUUUCUGGAGAGUUCGCCAUGCUGUGGCACGGAGCCCGGGCCGGGGCAUUUGAUCUCAAGGCCGCUGUGCUGGAGGCCAUGACCGCCUUUCGCCGCGCAGGUGCCGACAUCAUCAUCACCUACUACACGCCUCAGCUAUUGCAGUGGCUGAAGGAGGAGUGAUGGAGACGGCGUACAAGACCCCAUAAAUAGAACUUCUAAAAGGUCCCGGGGCCUUGGAGAAGUGAAAACCAAAGUAAAUGCUGCUUUAGAACUGUG